AUGCAUGUCACUGACAUUGACCGGGAUAGUGGCCGCUGGUCACCCCAGCUGUCAGCUCUUCCUGACACAGUGGUCAAAACAUUCAAUGAUGCCCGCGAAGUGGAUGACAUCCUUCGCAUCCUGCAGGUGUCAGCAGAGCACGAUGAGCUGGAGGCUGCCUUCCGUCGGCUGGAGCAGUUGUUUGUAGUUAUACCCAGAUAUCUGGAGGAUAGCCACGUUUACACUUCUAUUCUGUCCACCAUGGCCCAGAUGAGUACAGAUUUGACCCUCCAAGAGGUGGGGCUGGACAUCUUACACACAUUCAUGCUCAAGAGUCCUGUCAUGGAGGACAAAAUGAAAAGGAAAGCUAACUUGUUUAUUUACCUGAGCAGGCUUCUGUCGGAGAACCCCAAGGCUUACAAAAUUCAAGCUGGAGCCUUGCGUUUGCUGGCUAGGAUAAUUGAUUAUGACCACAUCAGAACUCAGAUCUCCCACCUGCGGCAAUGGCAGCAUGUCUUGGAGUCUGUGAUGAAUGCCAUCAGACACUUCCACCACGACAGUCAGCUUCUCUACAGUGCUGUCAUGAUUUUGACGUACAUCCUCAGAGACAACCCAGAUCUGCAGAUGCAGUUGGCAGAGAAGUACACCCCAUUGAUUAUGUUGCUGUUCAAACCUCACAUUCAACAGACUGAACUUGUGAGGCAUUUGCUUCAUGUUCUCUGGCAGACAGCUCAUUGUGAACAAGCACGGCAGUACUUGGCAUUGCCAGUUGUAACACUGAUGUCUGAACAGAUAACUUUCUGGCAUUCAGAUGUUGCUAUCAUCUGUGAAUGUUUUUCUUUGUUGGAGAAGUUAUGUCUGUAUGAAAAAUUUGCUGAACUUCUUGUGGACAAGGACCUCCUGAUGAGGUCAGUUCUGCCUGAAAUGAUGUCUUCGAGUGAGGAUGCUCGUAUACAGUUGUAUGGACUGAGGAUAUUUGUUCUCACAGCUGAUCACCUGUUCCGUCAUGUCACAUUUGAUGAUGCAGCAACACAGUGGCUCAAAGUAAUUUACCUGGCAAUGUUCAAGCACAUGGGCCGAGCAGAGAUUCAGGUAAUCCUCGUCGCUUCACUUGUGUGGUCUUCUCCUUGCUUUGUGGACCCCAUUCACACACUAUGUCUUGGUGCCAUUUUGAUGCAUGAGAAAGAUGAGGAGGUGUUUACAUCAGCAUGCAAGGCCAUAUACUACCUGACUGCUGACAAUGAAGGUCUGUGUAAGACUCUCAUGUUCAAGAAUCCACACAUUGCAAUCAUCCAAGGCUUACGUUACCACUCCAGCAGACCCAAGGCAAUCAGUGCGGCCUGCAGGGCCAUCAGAGGACUAUGUAUCUUUCAGUAUGACCACAAAAACCAGAUAGCUCACUAUGAUGAGGACCUGCUUUCUUUGUUGUUGGACAUCAUCAGGAACUUUCCCAAUGAUCCAGAGGUUCAGAGUGAGAUCAUCAGCACCGUUGCCUGUCUGGCAGAUAUUGAUCUGUUCAGGCAUCAGUGUUUUGUGGUUAAUAUGCACCUGCGUAUCCUGGAGGCCAUGGAAUGCUUUCCUGGGGAUGAGUUUUUGCAAGAGGUGGCUGUCGAAGCUCUUGCUGUGUUGGGUGGUGCAGCCAGUGGUUCUGACAUUCUGAACUCCAGUGGCACCAUCGACAAAAUCAUUAAAUGUAUGAAGAGAUUCCUCAGCAAUGGCAAUCUUCAGAAGAAAGGGUUGUGUGCCAUCCAGAUCCUGGCUGAAUGGCAGCUGGUGCAGUCAACAGUCAUGUGCCAUGAGUUGGUUUCCAUCAUCAAGUCAACCAUGAAGAAUUACCCUAAGUCGCUCAUCAUUCAGCGAGAGGCCAUUGUAGCCAUACAGAUCCUGGCAGAGAAGGGGGUGGAUGGUGACAAGAGGGACCAGUACAGCAACAUGGCAGAAGUGCUGGUUGAUGAAGAUUGCCAUGAGCUCUUGUUUCAGAUACUAGAGAAGCAUGAUGAGGACCAGGGGCUGCAUGAUUUAGCCAGUGAAUGCUUGUAUGUGUUGGGAAUAGAGCAAGACUUGAAGUCCCGCAUGCUGCGUGCCGCCUGCUCUAAGGGAUAUAUUGCUGGUGCAGAGUGCCUCAUUGAGGUUGGUGCAGAUGUGAAUAUGGGUCAAGGGACGGAGACCCCGCUGUACCAGGCUGUCAGUAACAACAAUGAGAGUAUGGUGGCGUUCCUCUUGCAGCAUGGAGUCAGAGAUGUGCUGACAUCAUUGAAGCUCAGCCUAGCAGAGAACUACCACAGCAUCACGGGGAUGUUGUUGGCAUGCAUAGGCCAGGAUAAAGAAACUGGUACAGUUCUUUGGGCCAACCUGGGUCUAGGCAACAUCCGACCAGAAUGGAUUCUGCCAACACUGUAUGGACAAAACAGACCUCACUCAUCUUCAAUAACUAGCAAGCACUUUGUUGCCAAAAUCAAGCACAGCGAGCUGAAAAGGAAUCACAGAUUGAUUUAUUCACCGAGUGACUCCAGGCUAGAGAUAUUCCGACCUACUGGCUUCCGUUUCCCAAAUGGCAGUGUGGAAGAUCAGAGCAGGAACUUUAGGGCCAUCCAAGAGCAUCAUACUGCAACAGAAGGGCUUUCCAGGCGACCAAAUACCAUGCCUCGCAUGAGGGGACGCAGACUUCUAGGAGAAGGAGAGGUUGUUGUUGAUGACUCAUCACAGCUGCAGCCACCUUCACCUGCAGUGUUAAUUAAUGAUGCACCGGUAUUUGAGCCUUCAGAAGAUGAAUGGGAAGACUGGAAACAGACCACACUGACCGGAGCCAAUAUCCCAUUCAGUCCGUCUGACCCCAGGCGUCCAUCAGAUCCAGCAAAGUCUCAGCAAAUUGUACCAAAACUGAAAGGUGAGCAUAGAUGUUCU